CGGAGUCUGGAAAGAGCGUCGUCGUAGCCUGAACCCUCACAUCCAGAGCGUCAGUUUGCGCCAUGACGGACGACCGACCGCAUCGCGUUCCGCGCCAAAAAGGACGCUCGGCGUCGAUUUGCGCCACCGGCAGUACCAGUAUGGAGGCGAUUCCGCCGGCGUCGGACGGUACUCCUACUCAGAGGAGACGUCGACCUGCCGCCAGGUCUCAAAGCGCCCGUAUGACCAAUAGGAGGAGCGUAAGGAAUAGGACCAAUCAACAGGCUCCAGUCGACAAAUCUCAAUCAAACAGCGAACCGAAACUGACGGAAGAUUCGACGCCGGACGUGUCGCCGAAUAUUCGCCGGAAAGGUUCGCAAAGACGCGGUACCUCGGUGUACCAAAGGAAAUCGACGGCUUUUUUGGACGUACCGGAAACGCGCCGAUCGGUACCCAGUCACAGUAAUACGGAAGGCGAAGAGGACGAGGACAGCUACAGAUUGAGGAGCUUCAGUUUUACAUCAAAAGGAAUUUUCGCGAAGCACACUGGUAUCGUCAACAGAGGCGAUUCUUUUAGACGAAGAAGGUCGCGAAGCAAUUCGCUGUGUCCUCCAUCUUUGGGAGGACAAACACCUUCGCCGGUCUCCGAUGAUCACGUAACCGAGGUGUCGAAUUAUACGGUCGCUUUGUUGGGAUCCCAAGGAGUUGGCAAGACUGCACUGAUAAGUCAAUUUAUGACGUCGGAAUGUAUUAACGCUUACGAACGACAAAAAGAUGUGAUAAUGAAAACCCAAACAGUAUCAAUUAUGCUCAACGGAGAAGAAUCCGAAUUAUCGUUUCAAAAUCUUGCCAAUUCUAAGGAAAUGGACAGAUUCAAUCCUCCAGACGCUUUCGUAGUAUUAUAUUCCGUGGUGGACAAGGCCAGUUUCCUGAAAGCCGAAGCCGAAUUGAACAAAUUACAAGAUUUAGAUUUACUAAGAUCCAGACCGGCAAUAUUGGUAGGCAAUAAAAUCGACUUAGCUAGGUGUAGAGCCGUAUCAACUCAAGAUGGUAAAUGCUUGGCUUGUACAACAAGAGCAAAAUUCAUAGAAAUAUCUGUCGGCAUCAACCACAACGUGGACGAGCUUCUAGUUGGAAUCCUGACGCAAAUUAGACUGAAAGUAUUAAAUUACGAAGAGCACGGACAUCAGCAACAAUGGUACAAAAGCCGAGGAAUGAUCAAAGCCAGCAUGAAGGCGCGACAAAUGUUCACUUGGCUUUUCGGCAAAGAGGAUUCAAAGUUUAAGAAUUGCGAGAACCUUCAUAUCCUUUAAGAUAACUAUUAUAGUAGUUUAUUUUUAUUUAUUAGUUAUAAGAUUUUGAACAAUUUAAGGGCAAGUUUGACUUGCUUUAGUUUAUAAGCUCAAAUAUAAAUCAAAUUUACAGCAACCUGAGGGCCAAUAAAAGUUUAAUUCUGAGCCAAAAUAUACAGGGUUAAACUAGUACAUAUUUUGUACCUACUAGCAAGUUUCUGAGAUCUUGUUAGUUAUUAUAAUUUCAAUAAAUAAAUGUAUUUGCUGGAAUUCUUUCUCAAAAACAAAAGGUUCAUGUUGUCCAAGUGUAAUUUUUGUAAAAAAAUAUAUUUCUCUUGAUUGAAACCCUAAAUCUUUAUACCAAGUAGCAGCAAACUCCUUGUUAUUUAAUGGAUCCAGAUUCUACUACUGUAGCUAUCUUCAAUCUUAUUUAUUUCAAUUAUUUUUUUUUUUUUUUGUAUUUUCUACUUCGUGCCCAAUUUUAUAAAUCUAGUAAGUAUAACAUUAUAUCAAUAUAAUAUAAGAUAUAUUUUCGGUAAAUUGUAAUAAUUAUUACCUACCUAGUUCUAGUAGUAGAUUUUAGUAUCAAUUUAAAUAUUUAAUAAUUAUUUGUAUCGUUAUUUUUUUUGUACAUCUAUUUCACCUAUAUACUUUUGACAAUAAUAAAUGUUGUAAAAAUAUGUUGUAUAAAUAAAUCAUGCUAAACACAAUUAUAAUAUACUUUCUUAUGGAACCUGAAAUAAUGCAACAAAUGUUCAGAUCUAUAUAAUGUAUAUUGAUGAAUAUAUAAAAAUUAAUAAAAUAACAUUAAAAUUGCACAAAAAAAUCUAAAAAGCCAUAUUAAAAAAGAUUAAUAUUUUGUAUAUACCAAUUAAAAACAGACUAAUAAAUAUAAAAAGACACACACAAACAAGUUAAAAAUACAGUCUUAAAAAAUCUCACAUUUUACAUUGUAGAUUCAACCAAUCAAAAGAUCAUUUUUCAGAUCUACUAAAAUCACAUGCAAAAUAAAAAAGUUGCUACUUCAAAUCGUAACAAAAAUGAUAAUGGGGCGGAUCUGCGGGGAUCACUGGAGGAUCCUGCGGAAUGGCAACACCCUCAGCAUCCAAAAGCCUCAACUUUAUUUCCAUACUGAGCAAAGUGUCCAAGUCCUUUUCAGUUUCUUUGCUAGUCAUUCUUUGUCCCAAUAAAGCAUUUAUACCAUCAGUCCAAUAGGCCAAAGUCAAUUCGUCAGGUGCUACACAAUCUAGACUUUGUAAGUCAA